AUGGGCUCUUCCUGCGACGUUUACACGAAACUGCUUUUCAAACGCGGCCAUGGACAUCCCUUGUGGGAGCCCGAGCCUACGGAGGACGCAGGGGAGGUCCUCAUUGGCGAUGUCGGCCAUAUCUACCGCGGCGGUUUCUACCGGAUAUUCAACGCCAUGCUUCCGCCUGAUCACUCCUUCAACCAACCCCACGGUGUCCCAGAGGGACACAAACCUCCCAUCUUUCCGGACUGUCUCCGCCAGCGUCGUGCUCAAGCAAUAGGACGUGGUCCCAUCUGCAGCCGAAACGUGGCUAUCAACGAGAUACAAGGCGCGCUGAGCGUCGGAACGGCUGCGUCUGCAGCAGUUAGUUUCAAGUGCUUGGACGAGCAAGGCGCCGUCCUCGUUAUGAAGCACGAGGGAACCCGGGAGGUGAUUUUGCCCUGUGAUACGCUCACGGAAUACAUCAAGAUCAACCACCAGAGCUGGUACCGCUUCGCACGGGACGUGUUCAUGCUCGACAUCAAGGAGGAGGACCUCAUCUUCGUGCGCGGUUGGGUCAAGACCGGGCAGUGGGCAGUCGCCGCCGCGACGCACCAUGCCAAGGGCGGCGAGUUCUCGUUCUCCGGCAACUUCUCGUCUGCCGUGUCUGCUGUGUUCUCUGUGCGGACGGACAGAGAGACGUGCAUGUCCAUCGAAUCUAGGGCGGGCCCCGCGGGUUCAAGUUCCGCUGCGGAGGGCACGCCAGCGUUCGACCAAUGCGUGUUUCUGCACUACUACAAGCUGAAGCGCAACAAGUUUCUUCCCAUCAAGUCUAUACGAGCAGAAGCCGGGCCGCACUCCCUAAAGUGGCCUCAUGAGGCCCAACCCAAUGCAGGUGCCCCUGUCGUCGCGGCGCAAGCUUUGGAUGAAUCCCUGUAUGCCUCUGAAGAGGAUGUCGUGAUGGAGGAGGGGGAUGGAUCUGAUUCCGACGAGCCAUCGCAGGUCGACGACCCUGUUGUCGCGCUUUUGGAUUAUAUGCUACAGGCCGACCCGCGCGCGGAAUGCGCCAUCGCGACCGACGGGGACCUCGCGGACUUGUUCCCCAAUGGCAGCAUGCCUGACGAUGUGCACGCUGCACUGAUGCAAGAGCAACCUGCGUUGCUUUUGAACGAAGUCGUCACACUUCCCGUGCAUGCCUUCAAAGUGCCCGCCAGCGCAUACGGCGGAGAUGCACCUCACGGGGGUUCCUUCAGCACGGCCCCAGAAGGACCCUUCAUGGAAGCAGCCGACAGCAGCAAGAUGACAGGACUCGUCAUCAUGAACAUCGCAUACACCACCAAACGCGAGGCCCUGCUCGAAAUCAUUGCUUCCAAGUCGAUCCCUACCCCCGUCUUGUUGAAGUACAAUCUCGACCAGUUGGGCCAGUUCAACGGCCUCGCGUUUGCCUACUACAGCCAAGAGGCUGACGCUGCCGCAGCGCUCACGGCGCUCGAAGGCCUUGAGGUGCACGGCCGCCCACUUCGUGUUCGAUACAAGCACGGUACGGAUACAACAGAAUCACCCCAAGGGACCUCUACUGCUCAUCACCUGCAGGCGUUCCGACGCGCGGGGGGCCCGUGGGCAGUCCAUAUGCCAGUGCUCGAAGGCGACACUAUCCCCGGAGGUGCUGUGUACCCGUCGUUUUCCCAGGCGUCCCCGCGAUCCACAAUGGGGUUUUUCUCUUCACCACAGCAUUCUACUAUAUCGACGUCGGAACUAUCUCCACCGUGGGCGUCGUCGAGGCGGGGGCCCUUGCAUAGGACGGGCAUGUCUAGCGCAAGGAACCCCGCCGCUUUGCGGCCGGCCGCAGCUGCGAUCCACUCGCUCGUCCAAGGAUUCAAGGACGAUCCCCUGCGCGAUGAGCUCCCGUUCUCCCGCACGAUGGACUCCACGCAGCGGCACAUCGUCGAGGCCGCGGCGCAGGAGUUCGGGCUGUGCUACCACAUCGUCCGGGAGGGCAGCGAGGGCGGGUAUGCUGUUGUUACGAAGCCGGAUGCUAUUGACGACUCGGAGUCUAAGGAGACGUUCUAG